AAUAAUAAUAAAGGUAUUUUGAUAUUUUGGUGUCACAUACUAUAUAGCUCAACAGAUAAUAUGCUGUCACUAUGUAGAUAUAAUGCAGUUAAUAUAGACGUUAACUGUUGUCCAGUCACACUAUUAUAUUUCCAAUGGUCUAUAAUCUGUUUUGUAUACAAACCUCAAUCCGCAAAAUAACAAUUUCAAAAGAUACUCAGUUUAAAAUGCCAGUAACCAAAAAUCACUUAAAAGAUGAUUUAUUAGCGACCGGAAAACCAAAACCAUCGACAAUAAAUGCUAACGAAUGUUGUAGUAAAAUGAUUUAUAACGAAAACGACCCUGUAGCUGCAGAUCUGAAAACGAGUGAAGGUCCAUCAGUUCCUCUGCGAAUAGAAGAUAAUGUUUUAUUGAGAAGCAUGACGGCCAAUCGAGGAAUGAUAUACCAAUUUAGCGUGUGGUAUAGCAAACAAUUCACAAUGCCUUUGUCGUAUUUAAUUGGAAUACCAUUUGGUUGGCUGUUACUUGGCAUAUUUCAAUAUUUUGUGUGUAUCGUCAUUUUGGGCGACAGUUUCUUAGACCCAUGGUAUUUCACAUGUGCUUGGAUAGUGGAAGUAAUUUCUACGUUCCCCGUUAUUAUGAUUAUUACAAUCAUUAAAUGUUUGUACGUGCAAGUGGAAAUACUGGAACACUGUGAAAAAGUUACAUGGAUUGGUUUUACAUUUUUACUUUUUCAAGGGUUGGCCAUUUUAAUACUUAUGCUUCCAGUUAGCAAUUUAUUUAAACAUAUAUUUGGCGAUUUUUCACGACCGAUAAAUUUUUUUAUUUAUUGGAUGAUGUUAGCUCUUCCACACAUCAUGAUUUUAUGCUUUGCAACAUUUGGUUGUUGUUCAAAAGUACAUACAGUUAACACGCAAUCAGUUGGAAAUGUCAUUAAUCAUUGAAGGAUAAUUUGAUGUUUAGAUCGUUUUCACAACAUUUCCGUUAUGCUAAUAAUUGGAAAAAGCAUAGAACUAUGCAAGUGCAUUUCGAAACAACUAAUCAGUGGGAAGCAAUAAAUAAUGAUAAUAAUUAUAUUGAAUAUAUUGAACUUCAAGAACUUAAUUAUCAUCCAAUAUUUAGGACUAAAUAAUAAUAAUCUAUAAUUUCAUAUGUUAGACGUUAAUCAUAUUUUUUAAAAUUAUAAUA